CCUACCAGUACCAGCUGGCCCUGGAGCGCUACGAGUGGAACGAGGUGAAGAACGUCAAGUCCAUCGUGCCCAUGAUCCACGUGUCCUGGAACGUGGCCAGGACCGUCAAGAUCAGCGACCCCGACCUCUACAAGAUGAUCAAGUACUGCCUGUUGCAGUCCAUCAAGCACUGCCAGGUGCAGCGCGAGAGCCUCGUGCGCGCGGGCAAGAAAAUCGCCUACCAGGGCCGGGUGAAGGACGAGCCGGCCUAUUACUGCAACGAGUGUGACGUGGAGGUGUUCAACAUCCUGUUCGUGACGAGCGAGACGGGCGGGCGCAACACGUACCUGGUGCACUGCGAGGGCUGCGCCCGGCGCCGCGCGGGCGGCCUGGCCGGGGUCAUCGUCCUCGAGCAGUACAAGACUGAGGAGCUCAUGCAGAUCUACGACGGCUUCACCCUGGUGAGGGCACGGCCGGG